AUGGCUGACGAAACAGCGAAAGCUCAAGUGGCCAAAGCUGGCGGAGACACAAUUUUUGGCAAAAUCAUUCGUAAAGAAAUCCCUGCAACAUUUCUCUACGAGGACGAUCGGUGUGUGGCCUUCCCUGAUAUUUCCCCCCAAGCGCCCACUCACAUCCUGGUGGUCCCCAAGAAGCCCAUUGUCCAGCUUUCCAAAGCAGAGGAUGGUGACGCCGAACUACUGGGCCACUUGCUGAUCGUGGCCAAGAAGUGUGCCCAGCAGGCGGGCCUAAACAAAGGCUAUAGGAUCGUCAUCAAUGACGGGCCCGACGGCGGCCAGUCGGUCUACCACAUCCACAUCCACGUCUUAGGGGGUCGCGGCAUGAAAUGGCCCCCUGGCUAA